AUGAACAAAGUCGUCGAUACCUAUGAGUCUAAUGCUCCCCAAGAGACCAAGAUACCUUCACAAGGGGACUGUGAAGAAAUCAGCGGCGAAGAGAGCUCGGACUCCGAGAACGAAUUUCAAUACCCUCCAGCUGGCAGGGUAAUCUUUAUUAUUCUCGCAAUCUACCUAGCUGCUUUUCUCGUGGCUCUAGACCAGACCAUUAUUGGAGUUGCUAUUCCAAAGAUCACUGAUCAAUUCAAGAGUGUGUCAGAUAUUGGCUGGKAUGGCAGUGCUUACUUCUUGACGUCUACGGCGCUACAACCUUCGUACGGCCGAAUCUACAAGCUAUUUGAUGUGAAAUGGUCAUUCCUGGCCGCCGUCACCAUCUUUGAGAUCGGAUCGCUGGUCUGCGGUGUGGCUCCGUCUAGCACAGUCUUGAUUGUUGGCCGAGCAAUUGCGGGGAUUGGUGUUGGGGGCAUAUUCUCUGGAGCCCUUAUAAUCAUCUCUAGGACAGUACCACUUCCAAAGAGACCCCUAGUCUUUGGUGUAUACGGAUUGGUCUGGGGACUUGCCUCUAUUGUCGGACCACUACUUGGUGGAGCUUUUACUGACGGUGUUUCAUGGAGAUGGUGUUUUUACAUCAAUCUCCCAGUUGGAGGAUUUUCUAUCGCAGCUGUUAUUCUAGUCCUUCGCAUUCCUCGUGAUAACAACGUCUUGGGAAUACCCUUUUGGAAACGCAUCGGAGAGCUCGAUCUGGUGGGUGCCGGCCUGCUCAUCCCCGCCAUCAUAUGUUUAAUUCUUGCUCUACAAUGGGGUGGAAAUACGUAUCCUUGGCAAGAUUCCCGAAUAAUCGGUUUAUUCGUGGGGUUCAGUGUAAUGGUGAUUCUUUUUAUAACUUCCCAGAUCUAUUUGGAGAAGUACUCUGCAAAAAAUAACACAACGGGUGACAAAGAUGGAAGAGCCACACUACCUCCCUGGAUUCUCAAGCAGCGCACCAUUUGUUCCACUGCCCUCUUCGCGUUCUUCUUCAGUGGCGGAUUUUUCCUACUGGUCUACUAUCUCCCAAUCUACUUCCAAUGUGUCAAAGGGUCGUCUGCCAUGACAUCGGGGAUUCAGGUGUUACCAUUUAUUCUAGCCACCGUCAUCUCAUCUGUUGCCGUCGGGUACCUGGUCACGGCGGUUGGAUAUUAUACACCAUUUCUCAUUGCCAGCAGCGCUCUUGUUGCUAUCGGAGCAGGUCUUGUUACCUUAUACGAUGUCAACAUUUCCACUGGAAAAUGGAUCGGAUAUCAGAUUGUGCUUGGAAUGGGCACUGGAGCAGGUCUUCAAGUUCCUAUGACUGCGGUACAGACUGUUCUGAGACCAGCGGACAUCCCAGUAGGUACAGCUGCGAUUACGUUCUUCCAGACAUUGGGUGGCACUAUAUUCAUCGCUGUCGGUCAGUCAAUCUUUCAGAAUGGUCUUACAGCAGGUAUACACCACUACGCACCGGGCGUUGACCCAAGUGUAAUCAUUAGUGCUGGGGCGACUGAUAUAAGGUCUGUGUUGGCUACUUUGGGCCAGCUCGAUGCCUUACCGGGGGUGAUCGAAUCCUAUGUUGGCGGGUUGAAGGAUACAUACCGCCUCAGUAUGGCAUUGAUGAUUGUGGGUUUCGUCGCGGCUUGCUUUAUGGAAUGGCGGAGUAUCAAGACCGGCGGCAAAAGUGAAGACCAAGACUCAACAGCGAAUUAUGCGUGA